UCUCCCCACCACCACACCCGAGUCGAAGACGAUUCUCCCUCUUUCUUUUGGUUCCCUCUCUCCCCACCACCACACCCGAGUCGAAGACGAUCCCACCGAGUCGGGCCGCAGCUAUCUUCUACACACUUCUCCUCGUCGCGUCUGAGGCGACUCCGAAGCGAUUCGGCGGAGCUUCGCCUCUCUCGAUCGAUCGAUCGCCAUUGAGGAAUCGGAAGCUUCGAGCGAGGAGUAGAGGGAGACGAAGGGGGAGAUCGGAUCGGAUCGGAUCGAAGCGAUCGGAGCCGAGGAAGGUGCGUUAAUGGUGAGAGAAGGGGAGGAGGAGAGGAGAGGGACGAGGCUGGGGAAGUAUGAGAUCGGGAGGACGCUCGGGGAGGGGAACUUCGCGAAGGUGAAGUACGCUCAGCACACGGAGACGGGGCAACCCUACGCCGUUAAGAUCCUCGAUCGGAAGCGGAUCCUCUCCCUGAAGAUCGACGAUCAGAUAAAGAGGGAGAUCGGGACGUUGAAGCUUCUCAAGCAUCCCAACGUCGUACGGUUACAUGAGGUAUCCGCAAGCAAAACUAAGAUCUACAUGGUCCUCGAGUACGUAAAUGGAGGCGAACUGUUCGACAAAAUUGCAUUAAAGGGUAAACUUUCCGAACGAGAAGGGCGGAGGCUUUUUCAGCAGCUAAUUGAUGGUGUGAGCUAUUGCCAUGACAAGGGAGUCUACCACAGGGACUUGAAGCCAGAAAAUGUUCUUGUGGAUGCAAAAGGCAACAUAAAGAUAUCGGAUUUUGGUCUCAGUGCUUUGCCCCAGCAGCUUGGGACUGAUGGAUUACUGCACACAACGUGCGGCAGCCCCAAUUACAUUGCGCCUGAGGUGCUUGCAAACAGAGGUUAUGAUGGCUCCAGGUCGGACGUCUGGUCCUGUGGCGUUAUCCUAUAUGUUAUCCUUACUGGAUAUCUCCCUUUCGACGACCGCAAUAUAGCUGUACUUUAUCAAAAGAUUUUCAAAGGUGAUGUCCAGAUCCCUAAAUGGCUUUCUCCGGCUGCUCGAAACCUUUUGAAGAGAAUUCUAGACCCGAACCCGGUAGCUAGGAUAAACAUGGCCGGUAUCAAAGCUGACGAAUGGUUUAAGCAGGAUUAUAUUCCUGUUGUUCCUAAUGAUGAUGACGACGACGACGAUGGAGCUCACAGUUUAGCCCUUUCAAUCAAAGAGCACAAUGAGGAGUGCGGCCAUGGAAAACCAACUCACAUAAAUGCUUUUCAGCUGAUCGGAAUGUCCUCGGCUCUCGAUCUCUCUGGUUUAUUUGAGAAAGAGCAUGUCUCCGAAAGGAAGAUUAGGUUCACAUCAAACCAUCCGCCGAAUGAUCUAUAUCAGAAGAUCGAGGACAUUGUCACCGAGAUGGGUUUCCAAGUUCAGAGAGGAAAUGGCAAACUUAAGGUGAUGCAACUGCAAAAGAGCUCAUUGAGCCCAAAGAGCCCCGGCUUACUCCUAGUUGCUGCUCAAGUGUUUGAGCUCAGUCCCUCUCUAUAUGUUGUGGAACUGAGGAAAUCAUCUGGAGAUUCUUGCUUGUAUAGGAAGCUGUGCAAGAAGCUUUCGGAGGAUCUCGGUGUUUGCAAGGAUCAAUCGGAGGAUCUCGGUGUUUGCAAGGAUCAACAGAUUUUGGUGACGCAGCCUCCAACGCCAGAGCUCUGCAGCUCCGAUGACGAAACGCUUCUCGGAUCUUUGUGAUGUGGUUUGUAUUGCACCAUUUAGGGUGCAGAGAGAGAGAGAGAGAGAGAGAGAGAGAGAGAGAGUUCCCGCAUUGUGAACCAUUAGGAUCAGGAUUCCUAGUGUAUAGUUUUACAAAAUAGUGCCUAAGAAAGAAAGGUGCUGAGUUUAUAAAUAGUAAUAAUAAUAAUACAAGCUAUAUUUUACAAAAUAGUGCCGAAGAAAGGAAGGUGCUAGGGUUAACAAUAAUAAUACAAGUUACAUUAAUUUGCAA